AGGAGUAUCUUCUAAAAAGAUUUAUAUAUAAAAAAAAGAGUAUUAAAAAGGGUGCUACGAAUUUUUGAGUGCUUCUUCAAUAGAAUACUUGCGAAGAAACAAAGGUUGAAACUUGCAAGAAAAAGAGGGUUUUUUCAUUGAACCAUUUUUAUCAGGUUUUGUUUCUUUUUUGGUUUGAAGAAAUCAUGGCUUCCGAAGACAACACAACUGAGUUGAAGGAAGAAAUUCCUGAUAUAGUGCCAUUUGAUCCCAGUAAGAAAAAGAAGAAGAAGAAGGUCGUCAUUCAAGAUAUUGCUGAUGAACCUGUGGAGAAACUGGCUGAGAAAACAGAAAACUUGUCAGUGUCUGAUGGAGUUGAAAACUCCUUUGCUGGCUUGAAGAAAAAGAAGAAGAAGCCUGUUGAAAGUAAUCUUUCGGGUGAUGAUAUUGCUGACAAUGGGGAAGAAAAGGAUGAUCAACUUGGAGAAGAUGAAGAGGGAGAUGGAAUAGUUUUGCAGGCAGAAGAGCCAAGAUACCCUUGGGAAGGAAGUGACCGAGAUUACACAUAUGAGGAGCUUCUUGGAAGAGUUUUUAACAUCCUCCGUGAGAACAACCCAGAACUUGCCGGUGACAGGCGUCGAACAGUUAUGAGACCUCCACAAGUACUACGUGAAGGCACAAAGAAGACAGUUUUUGUGAACUUCAUGGAUCUUUGCAAGACGAUGCACAGGCAACCAGAACAUGUUAUGACCUUUUUACUAGCUGAAAUGGGAACAAGUGGAUCUCUAGAUGGACAGCAAAGAUUGGUGGUGAAAGGAAGAUUUGCCCCAAAGAAUUUUGAAGGAAUAUUGAGGAGAUAUGUCAAUGAAUACGUUAUUUGCAAUGGCUGUAAGAGUUCAGAUACCAUAUUGUCGAAGGAAAACCGACUCUUCUUCCUCAGAUGUGAACAGUGUGGUUCUGGACGAUCAGUUGCUCCGAUCAAAGCUGGAUUUGUUGCUCGUGUUGGACGUAGGACUCAAGGGUCUUGAGGAAGUGAAGCCGUAAUCUCUUAUCUUCUUUUUGUUUGCGAAAUCAGUUUUGUUCCUCCAGUUGAGAAAAAAAGGAAAAAAAAGGAACAGAGAGAUUGUUGCUAAUUGAGUUGAACAUUGUCACAAGGUUGAAGAUGAUGAUGCUUUGUAUUGGAUGUAACUGCACUCAGCUUUCUUUUACGCCUCUUUCUUGUGUACUUGUUGAUUAUUCGCAAUUAAUUUUGGUUCAUAAA